CUUCAAUUUAGUUUCAAAAUCCUUCCGGGUCUGAAAUGAACUGAUAGUUGGACUCAUUUAUUCUUUGUCUGUGCCCUGAAAUCAGACUUUGCUCCUCCUCUAAUUUUUUCAGAAGUAAGAAAAUGAAAGUUUUACUUUCUUCUUGGCAAAGCCAACGAGCAGUUCACGAUUUUUGAGAUGACACUACUUGUACAUCAUGGGAACUGUCGGAACGAUCAUAACAUUACUUAGCAUAUUAUUGGGUGCGUGUUUGCCUAUUCGAAUCAUAGAUGGUCCAAAAGAUGCCUUCGUUUUGCUUAACUCUGAUGCUGCAUUCAACUGCACAGUGUCCUUAUCUUGGACUGUUAUUAUCUGGCUGAUGAAUUCGACACCCGUCCUUACUGUAAUACCUGAUCGACCCAUAAUCACAGACUCUCAGUUUGGACAGCGCAAUUAUACAACUCCAGAAGCAUUUACUUCAGAACUUAUCAUCUCAAGAGUGUCAUUGAAAAACAAUGCGACCGUGGAGUGCAGUCUCCAGACUGAUGGAAGUCAACAGGCAAAUUUGUUUGUGCAAGUUGAAGGGAAGUUAUUUUUUGAGAGCAAGAUUUCAUCCGUGGUGACAGAUCGCAGCACAGACAUCAUCUGUAAGGCAGAAGAUUGGAAUCCUGAUCCAACAAUCACCUGGACAAUAAACCGAACAACUGUACAUUCAGAAAGGUACACCACCAUCGUUCAUCCACCUUCAGGACAUCUCUACACAGCCAUCAGCACUUUAAAUCUCACCCUUAGUGCCGAUGCUGAAGUAAUGUGCCAUGCUGCCAUGAAAGCACUUCCUCAGCCUAAGACGGUUGCACUUAACAUCACUGUGAAACCAUUGCUUGACUCUACAGCCAGUCACGAUCGGACCUGGUUAAUUGUUGCUAUUGUGGUGCCUAUUGCUGUGGUUCUCCUGCUUAUCAUACUCAUCAUUGUGAUUGCUUGCUGCAUAAAACGGACCAAACACUCAGAAUCCAGUUAUCAAGAUGAAAUAAGGAAAAUAUCAAAGAGGAAACCUCUUGAGAUGACUAUGGGUGAUCAGAAAAGCUCCGGGCUGGAAAAUUUCGGAAUGUCUUCUGAAAGUGUAGAUGAUUUCAACAUCCCCUCUGCUGUUCCUGCAACUAGCCAGACAAACUCACAGACUGGGAAUGCAAACAUACAUACCAUAAAGAUGCCAAUGGUUUCAACCAAUAAUUUUGGAAGCCAGGAGCAAAGAGUAAAUCAAUACAUAAUCAACUUUCCUGCAUACCCACAGAAAACGAGGCAUGUGACUGCUGUUUGACCAGAUUGACUGUGCCUUCGAGGAUUUUGUGUGCUUUAUGGCUCUAUCUACUUUUUGUACAUGCUACUUUCUUGCAUUAGAAAUCAUGGCUACUGGCAAGCAUUUUGAAUGCGAAGAAUUUUUGACAGCAAGAGUCGUUCAUUAAUGGGAAAAAAGAUUGAUUGUUGGAAGGUGGUUGAGUUGCAAGCAUUGUGCGAUUGAUCAAAGCUAUGUAGACUGAGGCAAUUUGAUACAAAUGAAAUUAAACUCAGGGCUGGGGAUUUCUAUUCCCUCCCACAAGGCAUUUUUUCCAAAUGAAGGGAAAGCUGCUUCUUAUUACUCGGUGCUCUUUGGAGUAUCAUUUAUUUAUAUUGCCCUUGAGUCACGAUGCAUCAGUGCCAAUAAAAGGGAUUGUGAUCAGUUUUUGCACCUCCACUGCCUCAGUCCUCUCUCUGUUAGCAUGGAGCCUAUUUAACACCAGGUCAUGGAUGAACUAACCCUAAUUUCCAGCAAACCCUGAGUGGUCAAAGUCAUCUUAUUCUGCUUGGCGAAAAAGUUCACAAUCUUGUUUUUGCUUCUAACCUGUGACCCCCCUGCACCCAACAGCCACACCUCUGUAUGACCAACUGCUGAGUUUCAAACCUCUGUGCUACAAUCAUGUUGGUCACUAUUUAAACUGAUGUGGAAGAACCGGUAUUGGACAGGGUAUUGGACAAAGCCGGUAUUGGACAAAGUUAAAAAUCACACAACACCAGGUUACAGUCCAACAGGUUUAUUUGGAAGCACUAGCUUCUUUUUGGAAGCUAUUUGGAAGCAC